AUGACCUCCCGCCCAGUGAUCGAGUAUUACUUCACCUUCAUCUCUCUCUGGUCCUACAUGGGCAGCCACCAGCUACAGCUCCUUGCCAAGCAAACCAACGCCCAAAUCAUCUACAAACCCAUCGAUCUGGCGUACAUGUUCUACGUUUCCGGUGGUAUCCCCGUGAAACGGCGCUCACACCAGAGACAAGCCUACCGACUCCUCGAAAUAGAACGUUGGCGCCGCAUCCGCGACCUACCCAUCGUGCCCGAACCAAAAUGCCACUCCGUCGACCCAUCGCUGGCGCACCGUGUCCUCCUGGCCGCCAUUGAAGAAGAAGGAUAUGACAGUGGCCUUGUGCAUGAGUAUGUGCGGCGUGCCCAGCAGACCGUCUGGGUUGAUGAAGCGAAUAUUGCGGAUCCGGCGACUAUUGUUCAUGUCGCGAAUGAGGCUGGUUUGGAUGGUGGCCGUCUUUUGAAGAGGGCGGAGUCGGAGAAGCAGUUCAAGGAGAAGGAGGAUGCUCUGACAAAGGAGGCUGUGGAGAGGAGGUAUUUUGGGGCGCCGGUUUAUGUGUAUCGGGAUGAACCUUUUUGGGGGCAGGAUAGGUUGGAGAUGCUAGAGGAGGUUAUUCGAAGUGGCAGGGAGGCGAUUUUAUUGCCCUCUGUCUAG